AUGAUCCUUGAACUCCUUUCCUUCAUCUGCUUUGGGCUUUGUGUUGGCCAAGGAUACAGGAGAAGGGAUGGCUCACUUCCCAAGCCCUCUCUCAGUGCCUGGCCUAGCUCAGUGGUACCGGCCAAAAGUAAUGUGAUGCUGCGAUGCAGGACUCCUACCAAGGAUGUAAACUUUGAUCUCAGAAAGGGAGGACACCUCAUUGAGUCCUCACAAUCACCUGAUUCUGCAGAGGGCCUGGCUGAAUUUCACCUCACUGAUCUGAAAAUCAGUCACGCUGGAGAGUACACGUGUGAAUACUACAGAAGAUGGAGACCCUACAUAAGUUCACAGCCCAGUGAUGUCCUUCUGCUGCUGGUGACAGGAGGUUUACCUAAACCUUCCCUCCAAACCCACCAAAGGAGUAAUGUGACCACAGGAGAAAAGGUGACCCUGCAGUGUCGGCUGCCAGGCAUUUUUCAGGGGUCUGUAAAGUUUGCUCUGCUGAAGGCAGGAACUUCAAUGCCCGUCCAGACCCGGGGUCCAAAAUGGAAGGAGACAGACUUCUCCCUUCAGAAUGUGACAGUCAACGACACUGGAAACUACAGCUGUGUGUACUACCGGACAGCGGGUCCUUUCCACGCCUCAGACCCCAGUGAUCACCUUGUGAUCUGGGUGACAGAUGCCACAUCAAGAGACUAUACCACGGGGAACCUCAUCCGACUGGGCCUGGGUGCCAUAAUUAUGGCUACUAUGGGGGUUUUCCUGGUUGAAGCCUGGUAUAGCCAGAAGGAGUCUCCAAGUGGAUCCAGGCCCACAGCUGCCCAAAGGAACGAGUCCUUGAUUGAGUUAACAGCGUGUUAGAUUUUCUGGUUCUCUUCCACCCCGGGAGUGAAGGUACCAAACAUGGGCAUGGCUUGCCAUGGACCCGGGAUCCCAACCGACGAACCCCAGGCUGCCGAGAAGCAGAACGUGCCAACUUAAACGCUGCGCCACCGGGCCGGCCCCUCAUUUAUUUUCUGACGUUAUCUAAGACCCAAAGUGGCCACUGAGGUCUCCUAAGAGAGU